GGGACCGCCGUCAUAGUCGGUUGGCGCUGCCGCGGCGGUUGGUGACUUAACGGACGCUGGUGGCCCUCGCGCGCGUGCGCACACGCGCUCACCCCCUCAGCAUGCCAUGGGGAACAGCUGGGCGGCGCAGUGGUGCUGCUGGCUCUUCCCGAGGCGGGAAGCGGGACGGAUCCAGCGAGGAGGAGGAUCAAAGUACUUCAGGACCUGUGCCACAGGAGAACACUUCACUAUAGAGUUUGAGAAUCUAGUGGAAAGCGAUGAGGGUGAGAGUCCAGGAAGCAACCAGAGACCUUUGACUGAAGAAGAAAUUGCUGAUCUAAGGGGAAGGCACUACAAUUCCAUUGCUGAAAAACAAAGAACAUUAGAUGAUAGACUUCUGUCAGAGUUAGCCAAACAAGAGGAGAAGUUAAGAAUAGAAGAGGAGACUUUAUAUGCUGCGCAGCGUGAAGCAGCCAGGGCAGCAAAGCAGAGAAAGCUCUUGGAGCAACAAAGACUGCAAAGAGCACAACUGGCAAGCAAUGGAGACGGUUUAAGCUCAGUGACAGAAGAGGACUUUGAUUCCUACCUGAGGAAUGUAAAACUACAAUAUGAAGCUUUUCGGAGCAGCAGGCUGUCCUCAGAUGCCACUGUUCUGACACCAAAUACAGAGAGCAGUUGUGACUUGAUGACAAAAACCAAAUCGACAAGUGGGAAUGAUGACAGUAAUUCCUUAGAUUUAGAAUGGGAAGAUGAAGAAGGCAUGAACAGAAUGGUCCCAUUGCGAGAACGCUCAAAAACUGAAGAAGACAUUCUUCGAGCAGCACUAAAAUUUAGCAGCAAGAAAACUGGAAGUAACCCAACUUCUGCAUCUGAUGAUUCUAAUGGUUUGGAAUGGGAGAAUGAUUUUGUUAGUGCUGAAAUGGAUGAUAAUGGCAACUCUGAGUAUGCUGGCUUUGUAAACCCCGUUUUAGAACUGUCUGCAUCAGACCAAAAAAAAUCUGAUACUGACCAACAGGACAGAUAAUGAAAUUGUGUGGCCCUUGGCUAUCUGACCAAAUGGUUGAAGUUGGGGAAAAACCUACAAAUCUGUAUUGUGCACAAUCCUCCAAUCAUUGCUGCUGCACAGCCUCCUUUAAAAUAAGGAAGUUGCACAGUGACAGUACUUGGUGAACUGAGCUCCAGAUUUCCUAUAGAAAAAGGAAACUAUGUCAGUUAAAAGAAUGAAGCGUAUGGUUUGCUAUCUGAAUUCAGAAUUUUAAGUGCAAUUUUAUCAUCUACCUUUGAAAUUCUUUGAAAAUACUUGAGUGAUUCUGUUGUGUCUAUUGUUGGGUUUUAGUACACAAUUGUCUGCACUAAAUGACACAUCGCAGCUUGAUGUUUUAAUCAACGAUCUUGUUCUAGAGCUGUAUUUCUAAUUUCUUUGAAUCUAGGAUGAGCAACCUGUUUCAGCCUGAGGGCUAUCUCUCAUGGGAAACAUUUCAGGGGCCACAUGGCAGUAGUGGUUGAGCCAGAAGCAAAAAUGGGCAGGGCUUAACAUACCUUGUUCGGCAGUCUACAUUCCAGCCAUGCAAAAACCAGAAUUUAUUAUGUGUGUGCUCAGACACACAGUCUGUCCAUCCAGGUAAGCAAGAGGCAUUAUCACAGUUCAAGGAUAUAUUGUUGCCAGGCAAAAGCACUGGAAUAGGGCUGUUGAGAAAUGUGGCCUUUGAGAGUCCCAAGAGCGAGAUAGAGAAGUCUGAAGAGCCACAUUUAGCUCACUUAUGCAUCCUUGCUUUAAGUAUUGACAUUGGCACAAUAAUUUAUAUAGGAAGUACUUAAAACCUUAAUACUUGAAUGUUAGAACAAUUUUACAGGUAUUACUUUUUUCUGUUCAACUUGUUCUGAUAAGAAGAAAUGAAAUUUUACAUGUGAAAUUGAUCUUCGACCCUUCCCUUUUAUUUAUUGACUUCAUGAAACUGACUAGAUCCCUCCCAAGCACAAUGCCUCUCACACUUAAAAAGGUUUUUAAAAGUAUCGUUUAAGACAUUAUUGUUCUUGUGCAGUAAUGAGCUAGUGAAUAUUGUUAGAAAACUUUGAAAGAAUCUCUGUUUUAAACACUGGAAAUGAAAAGGCUGGUUUUUGGAAGUAAAACUUUAGAUUCUACAGAACCAAAGGUUCAGUUUCCCUACCAACUUGAAAUGCCAAAAGAUGCAUAUAUUUUUAAGUUGUGCACAAAUAAUUUUGUUUCACUGUUGCUAACUUAAUGAACACUGAUAGUAAUAUCGGAAACUCAAAAAUAGUGUUCUUUUGAUAUGGAAGAUGGAAAGCAUGACUAAUGUCUGUGGCUGUAUUAAUGCAAAUUAGUAUUCCAGUCCAAGCUUACCUGGUAUGUGAAAGUUCCAUUCAUUUAACUAAUUAAGAUUAGUGACAAAAGCUGUAACUUAAUCAAGUUUAAUUAUUGCUGGAAAUAUGUUGGAGGAUGAUGAUGAUGAUAUUGUCUAAUAUUUUAUUUCUCUUAAAAAUUGUCCUGUGGAUUUUAAUUCUAAACAGAAGAUACUCAGUGCCAGUUAGAAUGGUUCUGGCACCCAUGACUGCACUGCAGAAAAGCCUCUAUCUUCCUCUAUCCUCUUUCCCCCCAGAAAAGAACACUGCUUUGAAAUGGUACUUGCUCUUUAAUAAACCACCACAGUACAUGUCUACCAUGUGGAUUUUAGGUUCAUGGAAAAUCUGAAUAUUGCAGAGUUCAGCAGUACAGUCAAUCAGAGAGCAAGAGUACUUGCUUUACAUGAUUUCUUAAUACUUCCUUCUUCUUGUAGGGAUUUCUGCUUGCUAGCUUCCUAAAUGGAGAGGUUGCUUUUGCAGAUAUUUACAAGCAGCAGCCUCAAGGGCAAGGAAACACAAAGCAGCAGCACAGAAAAUAAUUGAUCAACUUUAGUAGCAACUCUGUCUCCUGCUGAAGCUUUGCUACCAAUGGCAGCACUCUUUGUUAUGGCCAUAAACGGAGGGGGAAAUGACAGCAUUUACUUUCCUUACUCUCAGAAUCAAUCUCGACAUCUCUCUAUUGCCCUAUAAGAGGCCUUCAUUACUAUUAUGUUAUUAUCAGUAAUCUCUUUCUUUUGGCUCCUGCUCCUUUUACCUCUUCUUGCUCUCACUAUCUUUGAUUAAUUUAUAAUACUUCAUUAAAAGACUCCAAAUAUUUGCCUUUUAUACAUUUUAUUCACUGCCCCAAUAAUAUGGAUGUAAAGUGGUCAGUGGCAAUAAAUAAUUAUCAAAUGUUUAUAUAGUUAUUUUAACCCAUAUAGUAUGCCAGGAUCACUAUAGAUUGGUUUGUCUCUCCCUGUGCCUUUUAUGUUUAACAAAGAUAUUGGCCACGUGUACAUAUGACAUUAAACAGCUUAUCCUUUCUUAA